GGCAAGUUUCAUCUUCCAACCAUCACGUUCGUCGUCGUCCACUGUCUUUAAUACAUUACUAUGGCACCUUACAUUCUGGUAUUCCGCCAUUUUGGCAUACGACCGAUACUUCCUACCCAUACUACUACACCCGUCAAACCCGAACCCCAGCCUCCCAGUCGGCAACAAUCACUGACACAGCCUAGGCAUACGCCACCUCUACCGCCAAAAGCUGAAAAACUCACCCAAGACACGGAUAUAAACCUUAUUGCGGUCUCGCGACUUCCCGAGAAGCGAACAAAUCAGACGUCCGUCUCCGGAAAGGCUGAAAAGACUCAUUCUCGUGCCAGACAUAUACUCACUCACGACCGCCGGAGAUAUGUGUUCAAGAUUGGAACACCGUUGGAAUCAUCGUGGCUGAUUUGUACAUCCCGACGUCAUCUACUAUCCCACCUGAUCCAGCGUGCAUUCUUCAUUAAAUUCACCGUCGAGCCUUUCCAGGGAGCCAUCGACAUCUCUUUCGCCCGUAGCCGCCACCUCCAAUUGUCUGACACCUUUUCCUACGUUUACGCAUCCAUCUCCCCCAGAGAGUUCCAACAAUGACUCCGGUCCUCUGUCUGCAGCUGCUAAGAACUAUGAACAACCAUCGGCUAACCCGCUUUCGUCGAAUUCGUCAUCUUCUG